CUUUAUUUCUUUUCACUAAAAAAAAUCAAGAAAACAAAAAUGAGUUCUUCAAGAGACGAUAUCCCAAUGAACCGUAAAGACAUGGACGAAAGUGAGGAGCCAUUUUUACCUAUACCUGUCCAAAGCCGAGGUGAAAAGCAACAUCCUUUACCUCUUAUUGCAGCAGUUGUCAGUUUCUAUUUCAUUAUCUCACUGUCUGUUGUGUUUUUGAACAAGAUUAUCUUGAGUGGUGCUUCUGAUUUCCCCUUUGCACUUUUCGUCACUUGGUAUCAACUCGUUGUUGCCUUAGGUCUCUUAUUAGUUUGGGCUUCACUUGGUAAAAGCUAUAAAAUGUUCAGCAUCAUUCCACCUUAUGAAUUCAACAUUGCCAUUGCAAAGAAGGUUGCUCCUUUAACUUUUGUCUAUGUUGGUAUGUUGGUAUUGAACAACUUGUGUUUAAAGUAUGUCGAGGUUACGUUUUAUCAAGUUGCUAGAUCCUUGUCCAUUAAUUUCACCAUCCUUUUCACCUUUGUUAUCCUUGGUAAGAAGACAUCUCCUGCAGCUCUGGUAGCUUGUGGUAUUGUAUUUAUGGGUUUCCUUAUCGGUUCUUACGGCGAACUUAACUUUUCUUGGGCUGGUGUUGUUUAUGGUGUCGGUUCCAGCGCCUUUGUCGCUUUAUAUGGUAUCUACGUCCAAAAAACUUUGGGUGCUGUAGAUAAUAAUCAAUGGAAAUUACUUCAUUAUAACACCACACUUGCCAUUAUCUUCCUCUCUCCCCUUCUUUUAUUAUCUGGUGAACUUUCUGAAAUCAUUGAAACCUCUGAAGUUAUCUAUACAUCAUACUUUUGGAUCUUAAUGACCAUCACUGGUGUUACUGGUUUCGGUAUUAAUAUUGCCAUGUUCUUGCAGGUCAAGUACACUUCUGCUUUGACAAACACUAUCAGUGGAACCGCAAAGUCUUGUGUUCAAACUGUUUUAGCCGCAAUGAUUUUCAAAAACGAUAUCUCAGCCUUGAAUGGACUUGGUAUUCUGUUAGCUUUGGUCGGAUCAGGUUAUUACGGUUGGGUUCGUUACCAAGAGAGAAUCUCUAAAUAAUUUAGUACAACUAUUACACAAUCAAAUAAAAACGAAAAAAAAAAAGCAUGUUCUAUAGAUUCAUAACAUGCUUUUUUUUUUUUAUUCCCAGUUGAAAAA